AUGGGCAAGAAAGAUAAACCCGGGAGCUUGAAUGGCGAUUCCAAAGGUGCCAACUCAAAUGCUAAUCAAAGUGGACCCCGUGCCAGUAUAGCUUGUGAGAGGUGCCGGAGAAGACAUAUUAAAUGCGAUGGCGAAACCAUUUGUACAAACUGUAAGAAGGUCAAUGCUGAAUGUGUUUAUGUGGAAGGCGAUAAGAAAAUUGUCAUUUCACUUAGAUUUUUACAAAAACUUAAACGAGAUAAUGAAGGACUACGAAAGCUAAUCGCCCACUACCGUGGCUUAUUGAAUGCAAGUGGGAAUGCUCAGGGCUCAGAGCCUAUUUUGGAUAACAGUCUUGAAAACGAUAUAGACAUGGAUUUGAAUGCCAUUUGUGAAGAAAACAAUGUCGACCCUAAUUCGAAAUUCAAUGUAAACGCCAGUCCCGAUGGAGCUAUUAGUGGUGAAUCUUCACCCUCCUCUGUAAGGUCAACAGUCCCUAAAAAAAAUAGUCCCGACUCUAUGUAUAUCAAAGCCGAAGAUUCUCUCAAUUAUUCACCUGCUCAUUCGACCAAUGAGACUAGUUCUGUUGGUAGGAAUACCCCAGCUACCACAACGUCCACAAAUGAUACAAAUGCUCCGCUCAUGGUAACUCUACCGACAGAACAUGGAUGUGUGGUUAUUCCUUUAAUGGAUGCAGCGGGUAAAAUAGACUCAAACGCAGGAUCCUUUCAGGGUACAUCAUCUAUGUCAACAUUUGGAGCAGAUUUAAAGGGUCUAAUGCCUCGUCAAACUGAGGUAGAUCUAAACGAUGUUUCACCUUCAAAGGCCCAACGACGCCCUGUAGUGGCUCGUUUAAAACGAAACGGUCUAAAGUUUAAUAUUCAAAUCUUCCAGGACUGUCGAGAACAUCCAUCAGAAAUAUCCUUUGAGUUGCCCCCUUACGAGCGAGCUGUCAGCGCCCACCAAAUGUUCGACCACUAUCUUUGUGGAAGUUUUUAUUUCUUCAACGCUUACGAGUUCAAGAAAAAGCUACACGAAACGUAUAAUAAUAUGACAAGCGGUACAAUCAAUUUACCUGAGCUGUUGUGGAUUACCAAAUUAUUGCUCGUCCUCGCUCUCGGAGAGCUUUAUUUUCUUGGUUCGAAAAAGGGUCAGAAAGAAAAGGCUGCUAAUGUAUACAACAAUGGUCAAGGAAAUGGAGACGAUAUGAGCAACUCCAGAAGUGGUGGUUCCAGUCGAUCUGAUUCAGAGGCUGCAAGUAUCAAAGGGUUUGCUGAAAUCCUUUUUUUCAGAAAAGCAUCUUGUCUAAGUAGAAUACUCAUUGACGAGGUACAUAGCUCACCGUCUAUUGAAGGCAUAGAAGUCAUGUUCUUGACGUCUUUUUUCCAUCAAAUAAUGGAUUGGCAAGUAGGUGCUUAUCUUGUCAAUGGUGUUGCUUUAAGAUCGACCCUACUUCUUGGGCUUCAUGUCGACGCUGGAAAGGACUCAUUCACAUUACACGAACUAGAACAUAGAAGAAGGAUAUGGUGGUCAAUCUUCCAUUUUGAUAGAUAUAUUGCCGCUAAAGCUGGCCUACCUCUGACAAUAUAUGAGACAAGCAUCUUUGCUCAGUAUCCCAGAGACAUUGAGGGUACUGACGGAGUGCGAGGCGAGUUUCCAAAGGCAGACUAUAUUAACAGUUUCAUUGAAGUAACAAAAAUCGUCAGUUUCACACUAUCUGAGUUAUAUCAGCGUCAACCCGAUGCUUCCGCUAGUGUUAAUAUUCUCCCCUCCAUCUAUGAAGUUAUGAAUCGUCUAUUUUCCUGGAAGAGUAAAUGGACCGCUAAAUUGGGCAUCAAUUGGAACCCAUCUGGAACCGAAUUUACCAUUUCCAGGACUGCUGCCAAUGUUUAUCAUGAAUAUUUACACUGUGUCAAUCUUACUGUUCGACCGCUACUAUAUCAUUUUGUGCGGAAGAGGAUUCUUGAUCGACAUGAUCAUCCAGGGCCUACUGAUCUUUCGAGCUAUUCACAAAGCAUCAUUACCUUGUUAAAUGCAUCUAUGAGUGCUUCAUUACAAACUAUAGAAUCGCUUCAAUACCUCCUUUCAGUUGACGAGUUUGCCUCUUUUGGUUAUCUUGAUCGUGAGUACUGCUUUUCGUCUGCAUCGACCCUGAUGCUGUUUAUUGUUGCGUUUGGCGUAUCUCAGAUUUGUUCGCCCACGAUAGGCAAGGCAUUACAAUUGUUACAUUAUUCUGAACUAGCUGGUAAUAGCCAUGCCAGUAUACGAAAGAAGCAACUUCUUAAUCUUACUUCCAGCUUUCAAUUCCUCGAUCAGACUUUUAUCAUGGCGGCUGAGGGGGAGAUUGCUCUCGAAAAGUUGAGAAAUAGUUCCAACAAGUCAGAAUCAGAGUCCGCGAACACCAAUCCACCUGUAGGUGGUAUUCCAUCGGAAUCUGGACAACAACGCCAGCAACAGCCUCAACAGGGUCAAGAUCAAGUUACCCAGCCACAGCAAGAAAUGCAGCAACCGCAAGUACCAACAGAGCGUAAUCAAUUUCUUCGUGUGUCGAAUUUGCAGAAUGCUGUGAAUCCCACUAAUAAUGUUGAGGCUAAUUCUGGCCCAGUACCAAUUGACUUGCAUCAGCUUUCGAAUAUUUCGCUCGAUGAAUUUCAAGCUGAAAGUAUAAACUUUGGUUUGGAUGAGGAAAAAGACCUCUGGGAGGAGAUAACGACAGAAGCGUCUUGGCUUGGAAACGUCUCUGAUGAGUUCCGGUCCUUGAUUCAAGACAGUAAUAUAUUUGGAAGCAACGACAAUUUCAAAUAG